AUGGGCUCCCACCUGCCGCCGCCACAGCAGCAGCAGCGCCCGGAGCCCCAGCUGGUGCUGCAGCUGGCGGCCGGGGCUCUGCAGGCGCCGAACUUGGAGCUGUCGGGCGGCGGCCUGGGGCCCGAGUGGCAGGUGCUGCUCGGGCGGGCCGACGCGCUCGCCUACGGCGGGCGGCUGCACGAAGCCCUGCCGCUCUACCAGCUGGCGUCCCGCCACCAGCAGCUGCGGGCGGAGCAGCUGGAGAAGCUGGUGGAGUGCCUGGCGCAGAGCGUCCGGAUCAAAGAGGGGCUGCCCGCCGCCGGGAGCGGCCCCCCGCAGCCCCGCGAGUGGGACGUCUUCAGGUGCCGCAAAUGCCAGGGCUUCCUCUUCGAGCCCGUUUCCUUGCCUUGCGGACACACGUUCUGCAAAAAGUGCCUGGAGAGGGACCGGGCGGCCGAGUCCCGCUGCGUCCUGUGCAAGGAGGAGGGCAGCGCGGCGGCCGGGCAGCUCCUGCGGGUCAAUGUCAUCCUCAGCAACCUGCUGGCCAAGUGGUUCCCCUGCCAAGUGAAGGCUUCGCAGCUCCGGCACGAAGGGAACCUCUUGUACAAGGAGAAGAAGCUACAAGCCGCCCUGCAGAAGUACAACGAAGCGGUCAGCCUAGCUCCAAAUGACCACUUACUAUACAGCAACCGGUCCCAGAUUAACUCUACUUUGAAAGCUUGUGAAGAUGCGUUGCAUGAUGCAGAAACAGCAUGCAGACUCCAGCCAUACUGGUUGAAAGGUCACCUAAGGAAAGGACAAGCAUUAGCUAAUCUGGGGAAAACAGAAGAAGCUUUAAGAGAGUUUCUAUUCUGCCUUGCUCUAGAUACUGGGAACAAGACGGCCAAGUCUGAGGCACAAAAGCUUCUACUUAGUUUGUUUUCACUCAUCCCGGGAAAUGCUCAGGAACACUUACCUGAUAUCCUGCAGCUGUUGUCACAUCACUCUAGAUUAAAGGGGAAUCUCCUAAAUUCAGUGGGAUCUGGAGGCACCAGCCAUAACCUACAAAGGUUGCUCAAGGUAAAUGUGGAACAGAAAAAGGGUUUUCCCAUUCAAGAGGAACCAAAUGUAACUACUUCUGGUAGUUUGAGGAAAUCUGUACAAAUUACAGAGAGCAAAAAGGACUGCUCAGAGGAGGAGAACAAACUCACCUCCAUGCCAGAGUCCACCUUUCUCAUUUCUGAGAAGUGCAGCCUCCUGAAAAGGAAGUGCUGCUCAGAGGAGAUGCGAAACGCUGAGGUACCCUGCAAACUGAUGAAGAAAGAUACAAUUGAUACUAAGGGAAAUAGUACUGGACAACAUAUUCCUUUUGAAUUUGUGGAUCCAUCAGAUUUGGACUGCUCCCUAUGUAUGAGGCUCUUCUAUGAACCUGUCACUACACCUUGUGGACACACCUUCUGUCUCAAAUGUCUUGAGAGAUGCCUGGAUCACAACCCAAAAUGUCCUCUCUGCAAGGAAGGGCUCUCGGAGUGCUUGGCUAUGAGGAAAUACUGUAAAACAGUACUAAUGGAGGAGUUAAUAGCUAGAUAUCUUCCAGAGGAACUCACUGAAAGAAGAAAGAUUUAUGAAGAGGAAAUAGCAGAGCUUUCCAACCUAAAUAAGAAUGUUCCUAUAUUUGUCUGCACAAUGGCUUAUCCUACAGUCCCAUGCCCUUUGCACAUCUUUGAGCCAUGUUAUCGCCUGAUGAUUCGAAGGUGCAUGGAGACUGGCACCAAACAAUUUGGAAUGUGCAUCAGCGACCCUGUAAAGGGGUUUGCAGAUUACGGCUGCAUUCUGGAGAUAAGAAAUGUUGAAUUCUUUGCUGAUGGUCGCUCUGUUGUAGACAGCAUUGGCAAGAGGAGAUUUAAGGUGAUACAGCACAGCCAGCGUGAUGGCUAUAAUACAGCGGAUAUUGAGUACAUUGAGGAUCAAAAGGUGCAAGGACAAGAGUAUGCUGCAUUACUUGUUCUCCAUGAUGCUGUCUAUGAUCAGGCAUAUAUGUGGUUUAACUCCCUCAAGCAAGCACUCAAAAGCCGAAUUCUCAGUCACUUUGGUCCAAUGCCAGCUAAGGAUCCUGACCCACAGGCUAACCCUAACGGGCCAGCCUGGUGCUGGUGGGUCCUAGCUGUCCUUCCACUUGAGAACAGAGCUCAACUCCCUUUCCUUGCCAUGAAAUCCCUCAAAGACCGCUUGAAUGGCAUCAGACGUGUCCUUACAUUCAUGUCUCGUACAAGGUCACGGUGAUGGUGAGAAGGAGAGCUGUGAAGUCUCCCACAGUACUUGACUGUAGACUGUCUCUUGUAACUUCAUUUAACUGCAAUAAUGUCUUACAGAUUUGAGUGUCAGGAUGUUUCAAGCCUGAAUUUCAAAGAAAAUGAGUUAUAAAGAGCAAGGGAUGUUUAUGGAUACUACAGUAGUUUCCAUUUGGAACUCUGAGAUGAUUAUUCAAUCACUGCACUGCUAAAUUAAUAACAAAUGUGAUAGAACAAAAAGUGAUCGUUUGCCAUAAACCUUUUAAAAAGCUUAAGAGGUUUUUUAAUUUAUUUUGUUUUUAUUUUUUUAGUGGAUAAAGGAUAAACUGUGCAGUUUAAUGUGAAGCAGAAAUAAUAAUGUUAAUGCAUUAUUUCAGUGAACUGCAAAGUCUUUUAUUACAAAUGGUUCAGGUUUUAUAUAGCAUUGUGUAAAAUAAUGUUCACAACUUCCGUUUGAUAAUUUAUUUUUGCACUAUGAUUUUUUUUGUUUCAAAAUGUAUAUUAUUUAUGUGUUCAUUCUCUAAAGGAAAGUGAGCUGCUCUAUUUAUUUAUAGUGUUCGUACCCUGCAUUUAUGACUGGGGGCAAAAUGAUGAUUCUAGCAGUGCACAAGCAACUGCUUUGAUAAUUUUUCAGAUAUUUGUGUUCAAAUACUUUGAAUGUUUUUCUACUUAUCCCCAGUUCUACUGUAGCCUAAGAAGAACUUUUUUCCCCCCCUGAAACAGCCUGCCAUGAAGUCUUUGAAUACAGAGAUUAUGUCUGAGAUAAUUCAAGCACAGUUGUUGGAGCUUGAUCCUAUGCUUGCAACUAGGUUCCUGUAAUCACAAAACAGUCAAGCGCAUGCUUAACCUUAAGCAUGAGUGUUUAAGUGCUUGGGUAAAUUCAAGUACUGAUCAGUUGAUGUCAGGGGCAAUUGGCCAUAGUGGUGACAGAAGGAUCUAUCCCCUAAUUUUUCACAGAACAGAGAAUAACUCGGAGUUGAAUUUAUAUCUCAACUCUUUCUUGCAAGAAUGGGUAACGGCUACAAACAACUGCAAAGAAAGAGCCACAAUAUAUGAAAAGUGGCUUCUCCUAAAGAAAACUGGAAGUACUGGUAUCAUUUCAUUGUAGGUUACUACAUAGAUUUUUUUUUUUUAACCAUCAACUCUUGUUGCUGUUAAGAUCAGUUUUAUUUCUUUUAAUUGUUUGGUGGGAUUUGGCUUUGGAGUGCGUGUAUGUGGCGGGGAGGGGGGAGUUAUUUUGAACUGUAGGACUCAGAGGGCAGUUUGUGUCACAUGAGAAGGAAUAUGUUGUAAUAAAUGCUAUUUAUUUCACCCUAGUCUUCAGGUUUCUGUUAGCUUCAAAUCUCUACCCAGCCAUUGCAUUUCUCUUAAGAGAUUGGGUAGUGUUGCUAAUAAUACUUAACCCCCAAGGAAAACAAGUGAAUUUUAGUGUGAUUACUUCUAGCUAUAAAGCAGGUAAACAUAGGGCAGAAAUGAGAAUAGGAAGUAUCUUGGUUUUGAUUUUUUUUUUUAAAUCAACAGUUCAUAUACUUGUUUUGCUGCUUUUAUUGCUUUCAGUGUACCACUUUCUGGGACUGAUCUUGCCUCCAUGGGACUUUGACUUUCACUGAUUUCAAUGUGAGCAGAACUGGGCCUUUUAUUGUAAACUGCUGUUUUCCUUUUCAGUGGCAAAAAAUAGAUUGAAUUGAGAAUGUUACAGAAUUAUACAAAUUUCUUUGGUUUUUUUUUUUUUUUUACCCAGGAUAGCACUCUUUGCUGUUCCAUGCCUUUAUGAAAAAAUGCAGUAGAAUUUAAUGUCAGUUUUCCGUGUGUUUUUCCAUCAUCAUCUCAUCAGAAAUAUUUCUUAGUUAAAAGUAAUUUCCAUACUGUUAAGUUUCCAUAAAACUACCUUUGUUCCCCCUCUUGUUAAAUUCUAUAGAACUUUUCCAUAAGGGUACCAAAGAAACAAAUGGAAGACAAACAUGUUUCAACCUUGUGAUGCAAAUGGAAUAUGUAUCCUGUAUUUGCACUGAGCUACUCAAGAAACGCUACAACUUAUUUCCAUACUGCUAGAUUGCUGCACUUCUUCCAUAGGUGGUACUUUACAUGCUUCUCUGUAAACAAUGUAUAGAAAUACAUACAUGUUCUGAACAAUAACAAGUGUAUGAUGGCUGACACCUGCUAUGGCAUUUGUCUUCAUAAGUCAAUAACGAAGUGAUUUCUACUUGUUUGGAAGUGAAGCUGCAUUAAAUGCAAUUCUUCCUUAAACCAUUAUGUAUUAUUGCAUAACAUAAGGGGCCCAUAUUGCUCCCAUAGAAAAAAAGCUGUCACUUUGUUACUCUUAUCUGUGAGAAAAUACCUAUUUUAAACUGUUUUCUCACUGAUGUUGUUCUUUUUUCCUGCAUGCUACGUCUUCUACAUACUCAUAUUCUGCCUAUUUUGUUGAUUUAGAAAUUGGCAUGGAAAGAAUCCUUGAUUUUAAAAGUGAAUAUUGUCUUUUAUCUUAGCCUUGAGUAAAGCUGCCAGCAUUUCCUAAGCAGAAACUCAUGUACAUGCCCUAUAUCAUGAAUGCCCAGUGCAUUUGUUGCAACCUGGAAACACUGGACCUACUGCAUGUAAUGCAUACAGUUGAUCUGCAUAUGCACAACAAAUUGAACACAUAAAGAAAGUUCAUCUGUAUAUGUACAGUAGCAUUCUGUCUGGGACUGUUCCAUGGCCACACAUCCUAGAUUAAUGGCUAAAGUCUGCAAAUUCCAUCAGAAAGAAGAAAAAAAAAAAAUACUGAGAAACAGAUUUGCUAGAGAACACAAACCUGUCCAGGAGAAGCUGGACAAGGAGUAGCCUUAGCCUUCAGUGAGUUGAGACAGUAAAGUUUCAGUAAUGAGGUUUAAAAACCAAAAAAUCUUCUAGUUAUGCCACAGUAUUGCUGACUUUUUUGUUGUUGUUGUAUUAAUCAGUACAAGGAUGUAAAUGCAACAUUUAUUACAGGUGUGAAUAAACAACUGAACAGCUUUAAAAAUACUUUCACUUUAUAGAAACAGCAUUGAUCAGAUAAAAUACUAAUUGGGGGAGUAUUUUAUUUAAGCUUCUCACAUUUUUCUAGACACCAAAUCCAGUCCCAUAACCAGUCUUGCUUAUCUCUUCAAAAAAAAAAAAAAAAAAUCAUGACUCAAACUUGCAUUUCCUGUGUGGCCAGAAGCAUUGAUUAAUCUUUGUUGUGAGGGCAUAAGUAAUGCAUAGACUUCUUGCUAGUUCUUCAAAGAAGUCAAUUUCCAUUGACCCUAGAUCACUGAGUUAGGAUUACUAAAAUUAACAGAAAUUUUCUUUUAUUUCCAAGGAAAUGUGAUCAGUCCCCCUUUUAAAACAAAGCGGGGGGGAGGAAUACGAAAAGCAAGUCUUCUGUAAUGGGGGCAGAGAGGGAACCAAGAAUAGAUCAAACUAUAACUAAAUGCCAGUCUCCUGGGCAAUAUCACCUGAACAUCUCCCAGAGACUUCUUGAAAGUUUUAGAAUUGCAUUUGUAAGAUAUAGUUUUCUUAAUUUGAAAUCUCUUCACUUUUCUGUAAAUGAAGUAUUUAACAAAAUACAUUAAAAUAAAUAACAAAGACUGGCUGUAUCACCUUUCCAAAUCCCUGUACGUAUAUAUUAUAUGGUUUCUAAUUAAAAACAGUCAGAAGUUUUCUGCAGGAAGUAAUACUAAUUUUUCAUUCCCAUAUAUAGACAAACUUCUGACACUCAAAAUAACUUUGCUGUGUCUUAUAUGCUCCUUUGUCUAGCAAUAACUUAAGGGGAUAUGUUUCCAUGAAAAUAGCUGUUAUCUUGGCUAGCAUGACUUGGUUGAAAGUAAACCUGAGACAGGACUGGAUUAAUCAGGAAAAAUCAUGAAACUUGACAGUGAACUUGGACACAGUUGUGGAAAGUAGUUCAGUAGUUUUAAUAAUGAAAAGAUAAAAUGGUGUGAUAGGCCAUUAUCAUGCUAAGUCUUAAGUGACAUUCUGGUGUUAGUUGUAAGAGUUCCUCUUUUUAAUUUUUUUAAUUUUUUUUUUUUAUUUUAAAUGCUGAUAUCUUAUCUUCCAUUACCUUGUAGCAAUAAGAGAUACCUGCUGUUAUACUGAAUGGCUGACUUAUUGCUUGGCCUAUCCUUCUGUCUUGUAUGACUACUUACUGAACACCUGAAUCAUAGAUUUCUUAAUCCAAAGAUUAUUUUAAUCUAAAAAAAAUCAUGUGGAUUUAGAUGUAGCAGGUCUGGCUUAAACUGUGCUGUAGAGAAAGAGCUUUAUAAAAUUCAGUUUUGUUUUAGAUGGUCUUUUCAUAGAAUCAUAGAAUACCAGGUUGGAAGGGACCUCAAGGAUCACCUGGUCCAACCUUUCUUGGCAAAAGCACGGUCUAGACAAGAUGGCCCAGCACCCUAUCCAGCUGAGUCUUAAAAGUGUCCCAUGUUGGGCAAUCCACCACUUCCCUGGGGAGAUUAUUCCAAUGGCUGAUUGUUCUCAUUGUGAAAAAUUUUCCUUUUAAUGAUUUCUACUUGGUGCUGAAGUUUUGCUGGUGUUUAAAUUAAUGACAGACAGGAGCUAUAUUUAAAUGCAAUGUUUAGGAAUGGAGAACACGUUCACAAACUCUUAUUAAAAAAAAAAAGUGUAAAUUAACUACAGGUGUGUUGUGCAUAAAAACCCAAUGGAACUAUAUGCACUUAGGGUAGUGUUCCCUGUUCCCCUGAGUCCUACAUCAAAUGAACUCAACCCCUACUUUCAACCCCUGCUUAGUUCUCAAUUUGUCAGCUUCACAACCUAACUUGUAACUGGUGCAGCACAUAGUUUAGGAUCUGGGGUUUAUUCCAAAGCCCAGUAAAUCACUGAAAGUCUUACAGCUACAGAGAAAUGGUAGUUUCAGCAAAGUCACUAUUUUGAAACACUUUGCUAAAUAAAUAUUGUCUGGGUAUAAGAAACUAAUCUGCUUAGACAGGAUUAAAAUGGUGGAUAAUAACCUGAACUAUUACAUUGACUUACUCAUCCAGGUAUCAUGUGAAGUGCUUACUAAUGUUGGAGUUUCAUAAGGUCUAAAGUAACCCUCACAUAGAAGUGCCUGUAUUCUGUUAUUGCCAUUCUUGAGCUUUUUAAUAGAGUCAUAGCCAUAUAUUUUAUAAAUAUAAAAGUAUGCACCUUUAAAUCUUUACAUUCAAUUUGCAGAACAAAGGUUUACAGAGCAGAAGUGUAGCAAAAACAAUGUAAUAGCGUCUAUAAUUCCCUGGUGAGGAAUGGGAGAAGUACAAAAAUGAGGAGCAAAGACUAUCUGUGUAAGAUGUCUUAAUUUGGCACCAUAUACUUGUCCAAUUUAAUUCCAUCAAGCUAUGUGGUUACAAGAGUGCCAGAAAUACAUCUAUCAAGCCAUUUUAAAUAAAAAGCUUUGUGGACUUGUAUAUUCCAUUUGUUUGUAAAACAUCCUUUUGUGCACUGUAAUGAACUUGAAAUGAAACUUAAGUUAUACUCUCAUAUCACUGAACGGAGUACUGUUCAGCUACCUCUACAUAAGGUUGAAGUAAUUUGUUUUUUCCAGAUUUGUUCACAUUGUCAUAUAAAAUAUAUUUUAAAAAAAUCAUAGUCCAAAGAACCUGUAUGUGUUUGUAGAUGUACUUAUAACUAUGUUGUACCAACAAAGUCUGUGUGGAGAGUUGUUUGCUAAUUAAAAUUUUUGUGUUCUUUACUCUUUGGAUUGCAUAACAAAGAACUACAGAGGUGAACAAAUAUUACAUGUGAGCUGCUUUUUUAGGUGUUUUAGAUAA